ACAUGAGCUUCCAAGCAGAUUUUCUCCCCCAUUCACGGGAAUGGCUUUAAAUCCGGUUCCGAGCCUUUUGAGUUUCCCGUCGACUCAUUCCAUUGCUUCGCCCGCCCUGCUCCAGCUCGUUGUCGUAUUCCUUCAUUCUAUUGCAGGCGCCAAUGGCUGCUUCUCCUCUAUUUUCAGCUUCGGCGACUCCAUCGCCGAUACCGGAAACCUUCUGAUAUCCGAACAGGGUAACAUCGAAGCUGCCAGGGCCCCCUACGGCGAGACAUUCUUCCAUCGCCCAACUGGCCGCUUCUCCGAUGGCCGUCUUAUUAUCGAUUUCAUCGCGAGCGGGAUGGGAUUUCCUUUUAUCCGGCCCUUCCUUGAGGGGCCUGGCAAUGGACGGUUCCGGCGAGGGGUGAACUUCGCCGUCGCUGGGGCUACUGCGCUUGACGUAAGCUUCUUCAGGGAGAGGGGCAUGUACGUCACAUGGACCAAUCUUUCCCUGCAUGUUCAGUUAGGAUGGUUUAAGGAAUUGCUUCCUUCUCUCUGCUCUACUGAUUCAGGUCCGUCACUCCUGUCUGGCUGCAACCAGGAUUUUAAUUGGAUUUAGCGGAGCACCGGAUAAAAAUUUGCCACUUCUUGUGUUUGAUGGAUUUACGUUAGAUCCAGCCGUAUAUCCUAUUAAAAGUAUGCUACCAA